AUGGCAAAGUCAAAGCCACUAACCGCACAAGAACUAUACAGACAGAGAAGACAACGCGAAGAAGAAGAAAAGCUCGCAUAUCUACCCCCUGGGUUGAUCAAUCAUGGGAAUACGUGCUUUAUGAACUCUGUGCUUCAAGGCUUGAUUGCUACACACCUCCUGAACGAUCUGGUUCACUUUACGCCCAUCCCACCAUCGGUUCAACGAUUCUCUUCGACCCCUCUAGCCUCACGACGAUCCCCGCAGCUCACGAAUGGGCAUCAUCUGAGCGAGGAAUGGGAUAAGCCCUGGGUGAACAGCAUGCCGAUCGGAGAUAUGUUUUUGAGUCUGAUGUACAAGUCAUGGGAAGCACAGGCGCGCAGACAGAGGGAGGUUCUCAGCCCAAGAUCGGUGCUCGGAACUCUUGGGCAGAAAUACGAUCAAUACCUAGACUUUGCACAACAAGACGCGCACGAGUUUCUCAGGAUAAUACUAGACGCGAUGCGAAUGGAAGAACAAGACAUCAUCAAAAAGCGUCAACCGCCUCCCAAAAAACGACGUCGAACAACGCUAACCCCCGCCGACUCAAAUGCGCCACUCUCUCCGCCACCCCCGCCUUCACCCAUACUAAACGAAGAAGACAAACUCAUCUCAUUCGUCGACAUGAUUUUCGGGGGUCAACUGACGAGUAUACUCGUCUGCCAGAAAUGUAAACAUAUUUCACAGACCUACGAAGAUUUCAACGACAUCAGUUUGAGCAUCAAACCGGAGGAUUACGCCCAUCGAAAACGAGAUAGGUUAAAGAACUUUGCAAAGCGCCUUACGACAUUUCCUUCGUCAAGUGGUUCCACCGCGAAACCCCUUUCCACGGUCCAGCGCCCCUCUUCUGUCCCCCCAACUUCAACUUUCCGCGUACAGACGGAGGUGCUGAGCGUAGAGACGCACGAUGAUGCUACGCGGAGACGCAGUCUGGAUUUACCAACGGAGAAAGGAGAAGAUGCGGAGACGCCGUCUCCUGUGACGUCGAAAGAGGAGGAGGUUGAUAGUGAUAACUCGCACGUCCUGGUGAACGCUACUGGUCCGGAGGAUAAACAUGUUGAGUUUGUGGAUGUGGGGCGGGGGAAGAAGGACAAGGAGAAGGAAAAGAAGGAGGAGAAAAAGGAGGAAAAGAAGGAGGAGAAAAAGGAGGAAAAGAAGGAGAAGGAGAAGAAGGGGGACGAUGGGUGGGCGAAGUUGGGGAGGAGGAUCAGCCUCACGGUUGGUCUGGGGAAACCUCGGGAUAGGAAGAGUCGAUCGAUGGAACGGAUGGGGACAUUGGAGGAUGAGGCGGUUACUAACCCGACGAAGAGCACCCCCAGCUGGCCAUCAACGUCUGCCCUCACUUCCUUGACUUCCACUUCCAAGACUGAGCCUUCGCCACCUGAAAUUCAGGUCUCACCGCCCUCUGCUAAACCCUCGUCCUCGACAACAACAUCCAAUACAAACCCCACAACAACUGCCCCCCGCUUUCCCAACGUCCAACGAAGCAAGUCGCCCAAACCACCUAAACCAACCGCAGCAGAGACAGAGUAUCUCCGCAAAAUUCUCGCGGACGUUGGGGCAAACCCACCAAACCCAUUCAACGCCCUAUUCAAACCUAUCCCGCACCCUCAUCUGCACCAUCACCACCACCACCAUCACGCAGGGCCAAGUAUUGGUACGGGCGCUGGUGGUGGCCGAUCAGCAUCCAUCGGAGGAGGAGGAGGAAGAUCAAUAUCGACAGGCGCACCAGGUGGUUCUGCACAGGGUGUAUGGCUGGGGAUGAGCCAGUUUAGUGGGAUCGAGGAUUGUUUGAGGAUGUUCACGGCUGUGGAGGUGAUGGAUGGGGAGAAUAUGGUUGGGUGUCGGAGGUGUUGGAAAAUUGCGAAUGGGGUGGAUGUGAAGGGGAAUGGGUUGAGGGAUGGGGAGGAGGAGGAGGAGUCGGGUGAUGAGGGGGGUGGGAGUGGGCAGGUUGAGAAGGAGGUGGUGCAGCAGCAGCAGGUGGAGGAAAAGAAGGUGGAGGUGCCGGAAGAUCCGACGACGGUGCAGCAGAAACGUACUUUCAAACACGCUCUUCCCCCGCUGUCCCCUCCACCUGUACACAUACCAACAUCCAUGUCCACGCCCACGAUGAUGUUCUACAAACAUCUGAACACGAGUGCGGUAGAAAGCCAGCGUUCUAUAUCAUCCCUUCCUAUCACGACGGAUGACGUUGCGUCUUCGACAGAUGAUGCCAUGACUUCGACGCCUGAUACCACAGACGUCGGUUCUUCGGCUGCUACGAGCGUAGAGUAUCUCGAGUUGAAGAGCGAGGAGUCACUUGGACCGGGUGGGAUGCCGAUUCCUUUAAUUCAGACGACUGCGCCGCUCGAUGGGACGACAGGAUUAAUAUCGCCUCCAGACGCACUCACCCGCUCCUCAUCGGCGUCCUCUGCCUAUUCUACCGGAACAUUGCCCACCAGCAACGGCCCGCUGAGCAACGUCAAUGGUAUCGUCGUCGCUCCUAGCCCACGGAUCGGUUCAAUAUAUCAGAAUCAGACUAUUGCCAGCUCAGGGUCGUUACCUAUCCCACCAAUGCAGAGGCAUAACAAUAGGCGCAAGGACACGUUCAACAAUGCCACUGACGAAGAUGAUAGUUCAGGGAGUGGAGAUGAGAGUGAGGGUUCCGUGUCCGGCGACUCGUUCAUCUCACCUGGCUCGACGCCACCUGAAGCAAUGGGAUCACGCCAACAGCUGACUUCGUCCACCAGUUCGAAUAUAUCGCCUUCCCCGCCUACCACAACCCAACCCGCACCCACAACAACGACAACCAAGAAACUCCCUCGGCCGCCUAAACCAGUGAUAAUGCGACCAGCAUACAAACGCUACCUCAUCGCAACGCCUCCACCCGUGCUCGUCGUCCACCUGAAGCGGUUCCAGCAAAUCGCAAAGACGCAUUUGAUCUCGUUUUCACAUGGGUUUAAGAAGUUGGACGAUUACGUGACGUUCCCUGAGUACCUUGACUUGGCGCCUUUUUUGGCGCCGAGGAAGGAGGAUUAUGGGUUGGGGAAGAGGAGGAAGGAUAGAAUUGAUGGGAAGAGGGGGAAGGGGGAGGAGAGAUGUAUGUAUCGGUUGUAUGCUGUCGUGGUGCACAUUGGGAAUAUGCUUGGAGGCCAUUACGUUUCGUACACUGCGCUCCCUUCUCAAUCGCCGGGAGCGGAUUCACCAAGACGGACCGAGUCUAAUACUAUGGAGAACAGUGCGACUUCGAAAUCUGCACAAAGCAAGCCGGGCCACGAACGGGAAAGGCAGUGGGCGUAUAUUAGUGAUACGACGGUGAGGUUGACGACGUUGGAGGAGGUGUUGCAUGCCAAGGCGUAUAUCUGCAUGUAUGAGCGGGUUUGA